AUGUCAGAUACAAGAAGAGAGAUCCCUACCUUUCAUGAAACUGAUGAAAGAAUCCUCCAAAGGCUAAGAAGAGAAGCAAGAGAAAAGAAUGUUGCUGGAGAAGAAGAAUCAGAUGAAGAAUAUCAUGAAUUGGAGGAACACUCAACAAAUCCAACAAAUCCACCAGUGAGAAUGGCCAACAACAAUGGUCAACCCCAGAGGAGAGUCUUGGCUUCAUAUACAUUUGCUAAUCCAAGGCAUUGUGGGAGUAGCAUCCUUACCCCAAAUGUCGAUGCAAAUAACUUUGAAUUGAAGCCCCAACUCAUCACCUUGGUGCAGAACAACUGUUCUUAUGGAGGAGGCCCCUUGGAAGAUCCAAACCAGGACAAGGCCACUCAAUGGUUGGAAUCAUUUCCAAGAGACAGCAUCAAUAACUGGGAUGAUUUGGUAACCAAGUUCCUCGCCAAGUUUUACCCACCUCAGAGGGUUAUAAAGUUGAAGGCUGAGGUACAAACAUUUACACAAAUGGAGGCUGAACCCAUCUAUGAGGCAUGGGAGAGGUACAAGGCUCUAGUCAGAAAAUGCCCCUCUGCCAUGUUUAAUGAAUGGGAGAAGCUGCAAAACUUCUAUGAAGGCUUAACAUUGAAAUCCCAGGAAGCUUUGGAUCAUUUAGCUGGAGCUCACAACCCACCACAAGCACCACCUGAACCCCAAAGACUCACCAACUUGGAGACCUUGGUAGACAAAAUGAUGAAACACCAGGAAAUAACAAACAAAAACCAUGAAGCAUCACUAAAAAGCCUAGAGAGGCAGAUUGGGCAACUCUCCAAGCAAAUUUCUGUUGAGAGACCUUCAAGCUCACUGCCCAGUGACACAAUCCCAAAUCCCAAGGAAGAAUGCAAGGCAAUACAAUUAAGGAGUGGAAGAACGUUGAUGAACAACAAUGACACUACAAAGAAGCAAACAGAGAGCAUUAAAGAACCAACAGAGGAUGAGAAGCAAACAAAAGCAGAUGAAGCUAAGGAGCAAUUUGUGAUGCCAAACAAAAGCACUGAGAAACUCAAAGAGAAGGACAACCAGCCACAUAGCUCAAGGGAAAUGACUCAGGGACAGCAGCAAAUAGGAAAGAGCAUCACAUCUCCACUGCCAUAUCCUCAGAGAUUCAACAAAGAGAUUAAGGACCAGCAUUUCCACAAGUUCCUUGAGACCUUCAAGAAGCUGGAAAUCAAUAUCCCCUUAGCUGAAGCACUUGAGAAAAUGCCUCUGUAUGCCAAAUUUUUAAAGGAGCUUAUCAACAAGAAAAUAAGUUGGCUUGAGAGGGAAACCGUAUUACUCACCGAGGAAUGCAGUGCUGUGAUUCAACGGGGCAUUCCACCAAAACUCAAGGAUCCGGGGGGUUUUGUAGUGUCGUGCACCAUUGGCAAAACAAUUCUCAACAAAGCUCUCUGUGACCUUGGUGCCAGCAUCAAUUUAAUGCCUCUUUCAAUGAUGAGAAAGCUUGAUAUAGAAGAGCUUAAACCCACCAGGAUGUCAUUAGUCAUGGCUGACAGAUCCAUCAAGACACCCAAUGGAAUUGUGGAGAAUCUGUUGGUAAAGGUUGGGGAAUUUAUCUUCCCAGCAGAUUUUGUGAUUUUGGAUACUGAAGAGGAAGGAAGUGACUCAAUCAUUUUGGGAAGGCCAUUUCUACACACAGCAAGAGCCAUCAUUGAUGUAGAAAAAGGGGAAAUGAUAUUCAGGGUCCAUAAUGAACAAAUGAUCAUAAAUGUCUUCAAGUCAAUGCAAAACAUUCCUGAGCAAGAGGACUACGUAAAAGUGGAUAUGAUAGAGAGUUUGGUGGAAGAAAUGCUGGAAGAAAAUUCUCAGGAGCAAGAAGGAAAUCAAGGGGCAACAGAAGAACAAGUAGCUGAGACCUUCAUUGAGCAAGAUGAAAAACAGGAUAAGAAGGAAGAAGUACGGAAACAAGAACUGAAACCACUACCCCCCAUCUCAAAUAUGCAUUUCUAG